AUGCGCGGUGAGAUCGACUGCAAGGCACCGGGCCUUCAGCUUCUGAGACACAAAGCGUUGGAGGAGCUGCGGUCAUGGCCUAUUCACGAGUUUCUGCAUAUGAAGCGAGAGUGGAAUCAGAGCGCAGAUCGACUAGCAAGCACAGCAUUGCAGAGCGAAAAGGGAAGAACGGUUGUAGCUGAAGAGAAUCGGCAAGAUCUGAUGACUCUGAACCGUCUCGAUGAAUUGUUGAAGCCCAAGCAAGAUGGUCAGCUAGCUCGGGUAACUGCGAUCACGAGAUCAGCCAGGAGGAUACGUCAUGAACCUGAAGUGAUACAGGAGGAGAUAGUACAGAGGAUCAGGAUUCAACGAAUUGUCCAAGCUCAAGAUGAAGAGCGUUGGAUUGUCAAUCUCAAGACAUAUCUAAGUGGCGAUGUAUCAAACUUGGAUGCGGUAGAAUUGAAGAUGUGCGCCAAACUGACGCCGGAAUACGAGACCGAUGAGAACAAUCUGCUAUUUUUUUGCCCCAUGGCGAAAAGAGAGUCAGAAGAUCGCGAUGGUUUGAUGCGGUUGGUGAUCCCUGAGACGUUGCAGCAGGAUUUUUUUGCAUCACUAUCACACGAGUCUGGAAGGAGGCCAUCAGGGUAUUGGCCGAACCUAUCAGAGGAUCAGAUCGCGAUUUCAUUGGAGAGGACUGUAUCGGAGCGUUCAACGAUAUGUGGGCGAAUGUACCGACUGUGA